GGCGCGCGCGGGGAGCGAGUAACGGAGGCAGCCGGUCCGGAGCGCCAUCGGACUCCUUCCUCCGCUCGGCGGAGGCGCUCGGAGCCCAGCCAUGGUCACCUGCCUUGAAGUCGGGGGCUUCACCGCCUGGGACUAUGUGGUCUUCGGGUUCAUGCUGCUCAUCUCCGCGGCCAUCGGGCUGUACUACGCCUUCGCGGGAGGCGGCCAGAGGACCCGCGAAGAGUUCUUGAUGGGGGGCCGCAAGCUGACAGCCUUUCCCGUGGCGCUCUCCCUAACGGCCAGCUUCAUGUCGGCGGUGACGGUGCUCGGCACCCCCGCCGAAAUCUACCGCUUCGGGACCAUGUUCAGCCUCUUCGCGAUCACCUACACUCUGGUGGUGAUCGUGAGCGCCGAGGUCUUCCUGCCCGUCUUCUACCGGCUGAACAUCACCAGCGCCUACGAGUACCUAGAAAUGCGAUUUAAUAAAAAGUUGCGUCUGUGUGGAACAGGACUCUUCCUUAUACUGACGGUAAUUUACACUGGAAUAGUCAUUUAUGCUCCAGCCUUAGCUUUAAAUCAAGUUACAGGAAUUGGUUUAUGGGGUGCAGUUGUUGGAACAGGAAUAGUCUGUACUUUCUAUUGUGCACUGGGUGGACUAAAAGCAGUGGUUUGGACAGAUGUUUUUCAAGCUAUGAUCAUGAUAGCUGGAUUUUUAUCUGUGAUUAUACGUGGUACAAUAUUACAAGGUGGUUUGGGAAAUAUAAUAAAUGACACCUACCAUGGAGGAAGGCUAAAUUUCUGGGACUUCAAUCCUAAUCCUUUGCAAAGGCAUACAUUCUGGACAAUUGUUGUAGGUGGGAGUUUCACCUGGCUUGGUAUAUAUGCAGUCAAUCAGUCUCAAGUUCAGCGAUACCUUUCCUGCAAAAACAGAUUUCAUGCAAAACUAUCUCUUUAUUUAAACCUCGUGGGACUAUGGAUAAUUCUUCUGUGUGCAGUGUUAUGUGGAUUAACAAUGUACUCCAUUUUUAAAGACUGUGACCCCUGGACAGCAAGAUGUGUGUUAGCACCAGACCAGCUCAUGCCUUAUUUGGUAGUGGAAAUUCUACACCAGUUUCCAGGAAUGACAGGCCUUUUUGUCGCUUGUGCUUACAGUGGAACAUUAAGUACAGUGUCUUCUAGCAUCAAUGCUUUAGCUACUGUGACUGUAGAGGACCUCAUUAAACCUUAUUUCACAUUCACUGAACUUAAAUUGUCUUGGAUUUCUAAGGGGAUGAGUUUGUUUUAUGGUGUGGUAUGCAUUGGAAUGGCUGCCUUGGCGUCAUUACUAGGAGCUUUGCUACAGGCAGCGUUGACCAUUUUUGGCAUGGUUGGUGGGCCUCUCCUGGGACUCUUUUCCUUGGGCAUCCUUUGUCCCUUUGCCAACAGUGUGGGUUCAUUUAUAGGUCUCAUCUGUGGAUUUGCUCUUACCCUCUGGAUUGGAAUUGGAGCUCAGAUUUAUAAGUUGCUGCCAUCUAGGGCCAUGCCGCUACAUCUGUCAGUUUCAGGCUGUAACAUGAGCAGCCUAAGCCUGGGAGGUCACACCUUGUCUUUCCCAAACCUGCCACCUUUCACAACUGAAAGUAGUGAGAGAUCAAUCUUUGCAGAUAAUUUGUAUUCCUUAUCCUAUUUGUACUUAAGUGCAAUUGGAACUCUGAUGACAGUUGCUGUGGGAAUAGUCAGUAGCAUUUUGUCAGGAGGACUUUGGCAGAAAGUGGACAGAAAAUUCUUACUGAACAAAGAGGACCUUUUUUAUAACUCAUUUUUUAAAUCAAAACAAGAAGAGAAAGUAGAAGUUUUAAACUGGAAACCAUCCAGUGAAGGAACUGACAACCCAGCCUUCAAUCAUAUUGAAAUGAAUAUCACAGACAGUAAAAAAGAAAAUGGUAUUCAUAUGUGAAAAUGGUCUUGGACACUGUGCUGAAGUUGGCAGCUAUUUCAAAUGUAUUAUUAUGAAAUAGGGCUAAAAUUUUGCUCAUGAGAAUACAGUAGUUAUUGCUCACUUAAGAAAUUUCAUCCUAACUAGAACUUUUGUCAACACAUAUCUUAACUUCAUUCCAUUUUAUCUGGGACAUUGUUAAAGAAUACAUUGUGCAAAAAAUAAUUGAAAAAUAUGGAAACAAUAACAAACCUGACACUGCUGAUUUCAGAAGAUGUGAAGCACAUUUUGGAAAUUAAUACCUCAGUCUUAUUGUGUGCACAAUGGAAACUAUGUUAUGGAUAUUUUGUAUCAUUUCACUGACUAUUGCCUAUAAUGUGUGCAUAUUUGGGAGUAAUCUCAAGUAACUCAGUGGCACUUAACUUCUGAGAAAAAAUACAUAUAAUUGCAUUGCCAUGUUUUAUUUUCCAAAAGGUCAUGAUGCUUCACUUAUUUCUACUAUUUUCCAUUUAUUUAUUCCUGUUUCUCAAAGAUAACAUGAAAUCUAGAUCAUAUAUAAUUUUUAAAAAGCAGUCUUUGUAUAUAAAAAUGAAGAUGCAAAGAGGAUAUGGGCCAUGUCUUUAGCAUCACCCAGAAUGUUGCACAUUUCUUCAUGCCCUUAUUUUGUAUGUUAACAUAAAUGAUUGUACAUCUGUAGACCUCAUGUGGAACUUUAUUCUCCUGGAUCCUUUAAUGGUCAGGGUUCCAAAAUCUCAGAAAGACUAUGUAUAUUGAAGGCUACACAUAGACUUCCCUGUUCCAAAUGUCUUAGCAUCAGUCAGAGUGCCAUAAGAGGGCUGAUGUUAUCAGGUUAAAACUAAAGAUAUAGCCCUACAAUUCUUUCAGCUGAUUUUACAUCCUGAUGCAAACUUGUGAGAGAUGAUCCAGUGUGAAUUAUUGAGCAGAGAUACUAUUAGAAUGUAAUCCUACAUGUUUACUCAGGAAUAAGUCUUUUUAUAUUUAAAGGAGAAAUAUUCUUAACUAACUAUAGUUGGGAUUGUAAUCCCAAACCUUUUGGUGCUACUCAAGUUGCCUGUACCUUCUGCUUAAAACAUUAAAAACUUUAAAAACAUUUUUGUUGCUGGGAAGCAGCAAAGUUCCAU